AUGUCUCAUCGGAACGGGCAAGAGGACCCAGAGCGGUACCUGUUCGUGGACCGGGCCGUUGUUUAUAAUCCCGCCACACAGGCUGACUGGACGGCCAAGAAGCUGGUGUGUCCCUCAGAGCGCCAUGGCUUUGAGGCCGCCGGCAUCCGGGAGGAACGUGGUGAGGAGGUACUGGUGGAAUUGGCAGAGAAUGGCAAGAAGGUGGCGAUCAACAAGGAUGACAUUCAGAAAAUGAACCCGCCCAAGUUUAGCAAGGUGGAGGACAUGGGCCGAGCUCCCUGCCUGAACGAGGCGUCCGUGCUGCACAACCUGAAGGACCGCUACUAUUCCGGACUCAUAUAUACGUAUUCUGGCUUGUUCUGCGUGGUCAUCAAUCCGUACAAGAACCUGCCCAUCUAUUCAGAGAACAUCAUUGAGAUGUACAGAGGGAAGAAGCGCCAUGAGAUGCCUCCACACAUCUACGCCAUCUCUGAGUCGGCGUACCGCUGUAUGCUUCAAGAUCGUGAGGACCAAUCCAUCCUUUGCACAGGUGAAUCAGGAGCUGGGAAGACCGAAAACACCAAAAAGGUCAUCCAGUACCUGGCCCACGUUGCCUCGUCGCACAAAGGACGCAAAGACCACAACAUUCCUGGCGAGUUGGAACGACAGCUGCUGCAAGCCAACCCCAUUCUUGAAUCUUUUGGCAAUGCCAAGACAGUGAAGAAUGAUAACUCAUCUCGCUUUGGGAAGUUUAUUAGAGUCAACUUUGAUGUCGCAGGCUACAUUGUUGGGGCCAAUAUUGAAACCUAUCUUCUGGAGAAGUCGAGGGCAAUUCGACAGGCCAAAGAUGAGAGGACCUUCCACAUUUUCUACAGGCUGCUGGCUGGGGCUGGAGAGCAUCUCAGAACGGACCUGCUCCUUGAAGGCUUUAACAACUACCGCUUCCUCUCCAACGGUCACAUUCCCAUCCCCGGCCAGCAGGACAAAGAGAACUUCCAGGAGACCAUGGAGGCCAUGCACAUCAUGAGUUUCUCCCACGAUGAAAUCGUCUGCAUGUUGAAGGUGGUUUCUGCGGUGCUGCAGUUUGGAAACAUCAUGUUUAAGAAGGAGAGGAAUACUGAUCAGGCAUCCAUGCCAGAGAACACGGCGGCACAGAAGCUGUGUCACCUGCUUGGAAUGAAUGUGAUGGAGUUCACUCGAGCCAUCCUCACACCUAGGAUCAAAGUGGGACGAGACUAUGUCCAGAAGGCACAGACCAAAGAACAGGCUGACUUUGCUGUUGAAGCCUUGGCCAAGGCAACAUAUGAGCGGCUGUUCCGCUGGCUCGUUCACAGGAUCAACAAGGCCCUCGACAGGACCAAACGCCAGGGAGCGUCUUUCAUUGGCAUCCUGGAUAUAGCUGGUUUUGAGAUCUUUGAGCUGAACUCUUUUGAGCAGCUUUGCAUCAACUACACCAAUGAGAAGCUGCAGCAGCUCUUCAACCACACCAUGUUCAUCCUGGAGCAAGAGGAGUACCAGAGGGAGGGCAUCGAGUGGAGCUUCAUCGACUUUGGCCUCGACCUGCAGCCCUGCAUCGACCUCAUCGAGAGGCCGAAUAACCCUCCUGGAAUUCUGGCUCUGCUGGAUGAGGAGUGCUGGUUUCCCAAGGCCACAGACAAGACCUUUGUGGACAAGGUUCUGCAGGAACAGGGCACACACACCAAGUUUCAGAAACCACGGCAGCUCAAAGAUAAAGCUGACUUCUGUAUCAUCCACUACGCAGGGAGGGUGGACUACAAAGCUGACGAAUGGCUCAUGAAGAAUAUGGACCCUCUGAAUGACAACGUGGCCACACUGCUGCACCAGUCAACGGACAAGUUUGUGGCUGAGCUGUGGAAAGAUGACAUUCAGACGUUUCAGAGAGCCUCUUUCUAUGACAAUGUCUCUGGGCUCCAUGAGUCUCCAGUUGACCGGAUUGUAGGUCUGGACCAGGUUGCAGGUAUGAACGAAACGGCAUUUGGUGCUGCCUACAAAACAAAGAAGGGCAUGUUCCGCACAGUGGGCCAGCUGUACAAGGAGCAGCUGUCUAAACUCAUGGCUACACUGAGGAACACCAAUCCCAACUUUGUGCGCUGCAUCAUCCCGAACCAUGAAAAGAGGGCUGGUAAACUGGACCCCCACCUGGUUCUGGACCAGCUGAGAUGUAACGGUGUUUUGGAGGGGAUCCGGAUCUGCAGACAAGGCUUCCCCAACCGUAUCGUCUUCCAGGAGUUCAGACAGCGGUACGAGAUCCUCACUCCAAACGCCAUUCCAAAGGGCUUCAUGGAUGGCAAGCAGGCCUGUGAGAGAAUGAUCCAGGCUCUGGAGCUGGAUGGGAACCUGUUCCGUAUUGGGCAGAGUAAGAUCUUCUUCAGGGCCGGGGUGUUGGCUCAUCUGGAAGAAGAGAGGGACCUCAAGAUCACAGACAUCAUCAUUUACUUCCAGGCUGUCUGUCGAGGAUAUCUGGCUCGCAAGGCCUUUGCUAAGAAGCAGCAGCAGCUCAGUGCUCUGAAGGUUCUCCAGAGGAACUGUGCUGCCUACUUAAAGCUGCGUCACUGGCAGUGGUGGAGACUCUUCACCAAGGUAAAGCCGCUGCUGCAGGUGACCAGACAGGAGGAGGAGAUGCAGGCUAAAGACGAGGAGCUGGUGAAGGUGAAGGAGAAACAAACCAAAGUGGAAGGAGAGCUGGUGGAAAUGGAAAGGAAACACCAGCAGUUGAUGGAGGAGAAGAACAUCCUGGCAGAGCAGCUGCAGGCGGAGACAGAACUGUUUGCAGAGGCCGAGGAGAUGAGGGCGCGCCUGGCUUCUAAGAAACAAGAGCUGGAGGAAAUCCUUCAUGACCUGGAGUCCAGGCUGGAGGAGGAGGAGGAGAGAAACCAGGCCAUGCAGAAUGACAAGAAAAAGAUGCAGUCACAUAUCCAGGACCUGGAGGAGCAGCUGGAUGAGGAAGAAGCUGCCCGGCAGAAGCUCCAGCUGGAAAAAGUGACAGCAGAGGCCAAAAUGAAGAAGUAUGAAGAGGACAUUUUGCUCUUAGAAGAUCAGAACUCCAAGUUUCUGAAGGAGAAGAAGCUGACAGAGGACCGUAUCGGUGAGAUGUCCUCCAUGCUGGCUGAAGAGGAAGAAAAAGCUAAGAAUCUGGGCAAGGUCAAGAACAAGCAGGAGAUGAUGAUGGCUGACCUGGAGGAGCGACUGAAAAAGGAGGAGAAGACCCGUCAAGAGUUGGAGAAGGCGAAGAGGAAACUGGAGGCAGAGACGUCUGACUUCCAGGACCAGAUCGCAGAGCUGCAGACUCAAACCGAAGAGCUGAAAACUCAAAUGUGCAAAAAGGAAGAGGAGCAGCAGAUUCUGCAGGCCAGGGGUGAAGAAGAGGUGAGCCAGAAGAACAACGCUCUGAAACAGGUGAGGGAGCUGCAGGCCCAGCUGUCCGAGCUGCAGGAGGACCUUGAAUCUGAGAAACAAGCCCGGAACAAGGCAGAGAAACUCAAGAGGGACCUGAGUGAAGAGCUGGAGGCCCUGAAGACAGAACUGGAGGACACGCUGGACACCACUGCUGCACAGCAGGAGCUUAGGACAAAGCGUGAACAAGAAGUGGCGGAGCUGAAGAAGGCCAUCGACGAGGAGACUAAAAACCAUGAGGCUCAAAUUCAGGAGAUGCGUCAGAGACACUCCACAGCCUUAGAAGAGCUGUCUGAGCAGCUGGAGCAGGCCAAGAGGUUCAAGGCCAACCUGGAGAAAACAAAGCAGAGCCAAGAGAGCGUCAACAAGGAGCUGGCCUGUGAGCUGAAGAGUCUGCAGCAGACCAAGACCGAAUCUGAACACAAGAGGAAGAAACUGGAGGCUCAACUGCAGGAGUUUAUGGCCAGACUCACAGAGGGAGAGCGAGCCAAAGCAGAACUGGGCGACCGCACGCACAAACUGCAGUCAGAGUUGGACAAUGUGUCGACCAUGCUGGAGGAUGCAGAGAGGAAGGGCAUAAAGUUGGCCAAAGAUGUGGCUGGGCUGGAGAGUCAGCUACAAGACACACAGGAGCUGCUUCAGGAAGAGACCCGGCAGAAACUGAACCUCAGCAGUCGUAUGCGGCAGUUGGAGGAAGAGAAGAUUGCUCUGCAGGAGCAGCAGGAGGAGGAUGAGGAGGCACGCAAGAACCUGGAGAAACAAAUCCUGACACUUCAGGCUCAGCUGUCAGAGAGCAAGAAAAAGGUGGAGGAUGAUGUUGGUGUAAUUGACACCCUGGAGGAGGCAAAGAAGAAGCUCCAAAAGGACUUGGAACUGGCAGGCCAGCGUCUCGAAGAAAAAACCAUCGCCUUUGAAAAGAUGGAGAAGACUAAAACUCGACUGCAGCAGGAAUUGGAUGAUCUCACAGUGGAUUUAGAUCAGCAGAGACAGAUUGUCUCCAACCUUGAGAAGAAGCAGAAGAAAUUUGAUCAGAUGCUAGCCGAAGAGAAGAGCAUCUCGGCCCGCUACGCAGAGGAACGUGACCGUGCCGAGGCUGAGGCCAGGGAGAAGGAGACCAAGGCUCUGUCCAUGACCAGAGCUCUUGAUGAGGCACUGGAAGCCAAAGAGGAGCUCGAGAGGAUCAACAAGCAGCUACGUGCUGAGAUGGAAGAUCUGAUGAGCUCAAAGGAUGAUGUAGGCAAGAAUGUUCACGAGCUGGAGAAGUCCAAACGGACUCUGGAACAGCGGCUGGAGGAGAUGAAGACCCAGCUGGAGGAGCUGGAGGAUGAACUGCAGGCUACCGAGGAUGCCAAGCUGCGUCUGGAGGUCAACAUGCAGGCCAUGAAGGCCCAGUACGAGAGGGAUCUUCAGGGCCGUGAUGACCAGAAUGAUGAGAAAAAGAGAGCACUUGUGAAACAGGUGCGAGAGAUGGAGGCAGAGUUGGAGGACGAGCGGAAACAGAGAGGCUUAGCUGUAGCUGCUAAGAAGAAACUGGAAAUGGAUUUGAAGGAUGUUGAGGUCCACACUGAAGGAGCCAACAAGGCGAGAGAUGAAGCCAUCAAACAGCUGCGCAAAUUACAGGCUCAAAUGAAGGACUACCACAGGGAAUUGGAAGAUGCCCGAGCUUCCAGGGAUGACAUUUUUGCCAUUUCAAAAGAAAAUGAAAAAAAAUUGAAGAGUCUUGAGGCUGAGAUUGUGCAGCUACAUGAGGACCUGGCAGCAUCUGAAAGGGGUCGGCGCCAUGCAGAACAGGAACGGGAUGAGCUGCAAGAUGAAAUUUCUAACAGUACAUCAGGAAAGUCUGCUCUGAUGGAUGAGAAGAGGAGACUGGAGGCUCGCAUUGCACAGCUGGAGGAGGAGCUGGAAGAGGAGCAGGGUAACAUGGAGCUACUCAAUGAUCGCUUCAGGAAGUCCACCAUGCAGGUGGACACCCUAUCCACAGAACUUAGCUCAGAGCGUAGCACGGCUCAGAAGAGUGAAAAUGCUCGGCAGCAACUGGAACGUCAAAACAAGGACUUGCGUGCUAAACUGGGCGAGCUGGAGGGUUCGGUGAAGAACAGGUUCAAGGCCUGCAUCACGGCUUUGGAGGCCAAGAUAGCACAGCUGGAGGAACAGCUGGAGCAGGAGGCAAAGGAGCGAGGGACAGCCAACAAGCUAGUGAGGAGGACAGAGAAGAAGCUGAAAGAAGUGUGCAUGCAAGUGGAGGAUGAGCGUCGCCAUGCUGACCAGUUCAAGGAACAAGUGGAAAAGGUUAACUCUCGCAUGAAGCAGCUGAAGCGUCAGUUGGAAGAGGCUGAGGAAGAGGCCACACGGGCCAAUGCCUCACGCAGGAAACUGCAACGAGAGCUGGAUGACGCCACUGAGGCCAGCGAGGGCCUGAGCCGUGAGGUCAACACACUCAAGAACCGCCUCAGGCGAGGCGGCCCCAUCGGUUUUUCCUCCAGCCGCUCGGGUCGGCGCCAGCUGCAGGUCGAGGGCACUUCCUUGGACCUUCUGUCUGAUGAUGAGCUGGAAAACAAGAUCACUGACAACAACGCUAAUGAGACGCCGGUGCCCCAGCCUGAGUAAACGAACCCAAAUCUUUGAUGUUGCUUUUGUUUCUUUCCACAGACACACCCAGUCCCUCCGAGCCUGACCCUCUGCACCGACCGAGUUUGAUAGAUUCUCCUGAAACCACAUGCAGCAUGAGUUUUUUUUUGUUACACCUUGAGCCAGCUGGAACCAGGACACAGUCGAUGUCCCUCUUAUGUUUGCUAACUGCACUCAUCUGCCUCCUAAUCAUGCUGCAGGUCUGCAUUAUAGCACCUUCGAUAUCAAGAACCUGGUGUCGACUGCGUCAUACAUAAAAACAAGUAUUUCCUUAAAAAAAAUAAAUGAAUAAAAGUGUUCAUGAACUGCACAUAUUGGCAAGUAAAACUUGUACAAUUCUCCGGCCCGUCAUCAGGCAUGAAGCAGCUGGUCGCGGCGACUGCAAAUGUGUGUUUUUGAAAGUGUUAUUGGACCAUUCUUGCUUCCAAACGUUGACAUAUUAGCAGAUGAAAGAUCUAAAUGAUCAUUAUGAAAGCAAACAUUCUUACUUUAUUUUUCCAUCAUUGUACCAUAUAUAUAUUAGUUAUAUUGGUUCUGUUAGUUGAACUGCAGCUGAGUUUUUUUUUUUUGUUACUGGGGUUUGCUUGCAUAUGAAUUUAAAAAUGUGACACUGAUUCAUUGCCUCGAUGAUAGAACACGUUGCUCUUUUGACAAGUAUUGUAAUCUCAAAAAUGUUUGACAUAAGUUCAGUGUUGACUUAAUAAUUAUAUCCUUUUUUAAAAAAUUACUAUUAUGAUUGUUAUCAUAAUGUUGCUGCAGACUUCAGCCAUGUAUUUUCACUUUUAUUAUGUCAACAUAGUUUAAUUUGCUGAAAAUAUUCAACAUAUGAUGUAUGCACACAUUUCAGUUAAUGGGUGAAUUAAUGUCGCUAAUCAGUGGCGGUUAUUGGUAUGAAAAGCCCAUUAAUUAUCCUCUCUACUUCUAAAUACGCAUCAGUGUUAAGCUGGGUUUCCACUUUCGAGAAACGUCAACAUCUACGAGUCGAUCUUGGCCAUUUGACACAAGAAGUGCCCCGCCCACAGUGCUGUGUCAAUGCUGCUGAGACACUGCUGUGCCGCUGUUACUAUAUUGCAGCAGUGUCAAGAGACACCGCCCCAAAUUUACAAAAUCGCAUCCACCCUUAAGAUGUAUAGCAUGAGAUAUGCCGAUGAGUCUUGUUGACAUGUUGCUGAUGUCAGGCAACAUGCUGUGGUACAUCACAGUGCGUCAUCAUGGGCUUUGAAAUGUGUAAAAAAAAAACAAAAAAAAAACGUUUCUGAUGUCUUUGACAUGGGUCACAUUGUGACUACGUGUUGAUUUGUCCUGUUUUUAUCUUGGUGGUUUCACGAUGCAUCUUGCUGUGUCGUGAGUAUUCUUGGAAUACUUGAAU